GAAAUGUUUUCUGGACAGCGCCUGUGGAUUGAGACUGCGCCAGGCGUUUCAACUUUCAAUAUCGCUGAUACGCGAGAAGAUGAUGAAGGAGAUUAUUCAAUCCUACUGCGAAACGUAGCUGGCACCUCGGAACAUAAAUUCAAGCUACAAGUGGAUACUUUGCCGGAAAUCAACCGACCAGAUCGAUACACCUCGGUGCUUGUCUAUGAUGAAGGAGAGACUGUAAAGUUGCGACUCACAUUCUCAGAAGUGGGAGCGCUAAUCUUCAUCACCGUGCAGCAUCGCUUGAAUGGCGAGUUCUUGCCUGCUUUGGUCGAGCUUAGCCUGUUCGGCUUGCUGUUCGUCUUGAGCCACUUUGAUGAAAUUGUCGACGAUGAUUGUGAUCGGCAAGGCUAA